AUGGACAGCUCCCAUCAGUAUGCAAACACGAUUGCAAAUACGGGAGAGGUCUUGCUGGUUGACGCAGGUGAUCAGAGCCCACCAGUGAAACCUGGAGAAAAACCUUCCGAAACCGGUGAAGUCCCCCAGCGCAAGGAGGUUUGUCAGUGGCCGUGCAGGUGCCCGCCGGUGCCGGCCUGCACUCCCGGGGUGAGCUUGGUGAAGGAUGGCUGCGGCUGCUGUAGGGUCUGUGCCAAGCAGGCAGGAGAGACCUGCAACGAAGCAGACAUCUGUGACCCCCACAAAGGCCUCUACUGCGACUACUCGGCCGACGAGCCUCGGUACGAAACAGGCGUGUGCGCGUAUCUGGUAGCUGUAGGAUGUGAGCUCAAUGGAGUUUAUUACCUUAACGGGCAGACCUUCCAACCUAACCCGCUGUACAAGUGCCUGUGUGUCAGUGGUGCAAUUGGAUGUACUCCUGUAUUCACCCCAAAACCAGCAGCAAGUCCCUGCACCAGGGUCACAGGCAGAAGGAAGCCCGGACAGUCCAUCUGUGGCCCAGGACAGCACAAGCAGCUUCAAUCAACAAACUACAGACUGAUGUCAGCUUACAGAAUCUUGCCCCUGGUUUUGAAGAAGAAGUGCCUGGUGCAGGCGACGCCCUGGACGCCCUGUUCCAGGACCUGCGGCAUCGGCAUCUCCAGCCGCGUGACCAACGACAACACCAAGUGUGAAAUGAAAAAAGAACAGAGAUUAUGCUUAAUCCAGCCUUGUCUCACCAAUAUCCCAAAGAUGAUAAAGAUUCCAAAAGGAAAAACAUGCCAACCGACCUUCCAGCUUCCUGCAGCAGAGAAACUCGUUUUCUCGGGAUGCUCAACUACCCAGAGCUACAGACUGACCUUCUGUGGGGUGUGCUUGGACAGGAGGUGCUGCGUACCUAAUAAGUCCAAAAUGAUCACCGUGCAGUUCCAGUGUCCCAAUGAAGGCUUCUUUAAGUGGAAGAUGAUGUGGAUAACGUCGUGUGUCUGUCAGAGGAUCUGCAGUGCUCCGGGAGAUAUAUUUUCUGAACUCAAAGUUCUAUGACAAGUGACACCACGGACUGUAAUGUACCGAAGGUGCAAAGAGCACAUUCCCCCCCCAGAGAGUCAGCGUAACCCCCUGCCACAGCAGUCUUCAGAGUGACACUACGUAGAUGAAUAUUCAUUUUUUAAAUAGCACCUGGAAAAUGCAAGGGAGAGCACAUCUUUUUAAAUGUAAUUGUUUUUAUGCCUAGAAAGACAUUCUUGAGAAGGAUGUAUUAUAACACUCCUAUUGUCAAAACAAGAACAUUCAGUAAUUAAAAGAGGCAUAGCCAGACAGCUGCACUGUAACUAAUUGUUGCCCACAAAAACAAAUACAUGUCAAUUCACAGAUGUUCUAACUAUCCAGUAAUACUUCAUCUAUCAUUCUAGAUUCUCAGAUGCACAUUUUCUCCUAUGUAUCUGCAAUAGUAAAACACAUCAAUGCUGCUUCAAACAGAAGUCAAUUUUAAGCUCAGAUUGCUUUUUGCAGCAGGUAAUCUUUCUCU